CGCUCCCGCCGUCGUCUCACGGCAUGUGGGCCUCGGCGGUCGCGCCGUGGGUCCCCCGUGCGGGUGUCCCGUUGCUCUGCGGCCGCCAUGCCGCUGUCCUUCCGGGCCGCAUGCGGGAUGUGCAUGGCUCCGCCGUCUCCUGCGGCAGCAAGAAUUUGCUCAAGAAAUUUGCCUCGAAAACCAAAAAAAAGUUUUGGUAUGAAGGUCCUUCCUUGGGAUCCCACCUGACUUACAAACCAUCCAAGUUGGAAUUGCUAAUGACGAGUACCUCAAAGAAAACCAGGAAGGAAGACCACGUGCGUCUGAGGGCCCUGAAUGGCCUCCUCUACAAAGCACUGACUGACCUGCUGUGCACCCCUGAAGUGAGUCAGGAGGUCUACGACCUGAACGUGGAGCUCUCCAAGGUGUCUCUGACUUCAGACUUCUCUGCCUGCCGUGUGUAUUGGAAGACGACUCUCUCUGCUGAACAGAACAAGCACGCAACAGCCAUCCUGCAGAAAAGUGCCGCAUACGUGAGGCACCUGUUGAUGUCCCAGCAGACCCUGAGGAACGUGCCACCUAUAGUGUUUGUGCAAGACAAGGGAAACGCAGCUCUCGCUGAGGUGGAUCAGUUGCUGGCAGUAGCUGACUUUGGGCCCCCGGAUGAAAGAGACAACUUUGCACAAAAUGAUUUCAGGGACCCCGACGCCCCAUCACCGCACGACACCCCGGAACCUGCUGUGCACUCGAGUCUGUGUGGGAUCAAUCAUGAGGUGCUCAACAAGCAAAUAAUGGAGUACAAGAGGAGGAGGGAGAAAGGGCUCGGGGGUGCAGGUCAGGCAGUGCCGGGGCCUGAGCAGCUGGCUGAGCUGGCAAAGCAGAUGAGAAAGGGAAGGAAGAAGGCCAAGCCUCCCUCGUACCCUGACAUCUCCCCCAGGAACUACCUGUUGGAUGAGGAGGAUGAAGGCCCUGACGAUGGCCUGGGAUAUGCCGCAGUGGAGGAAUCAGAGGCGGAGGUGGGGGAGGCAGAGCGAGUCUCGGUCACUGCUGCAGAACAGGGCAGGGGCAGACGGCGAGGCUCAGCGAUACCGGAACGCGAGCUCUGCUCGAGUGUGUCAGGGCAGGUAUCACGGGAGGUGGUCUGACUUGGGCCAGCAGCUGGUGGAAUUGAAGCUCCCGGCCAGCAUCGUCUGCUGUCCUGCUGGUUCCAUGUUUUGUGGCUUUUCCAUGUGUCUAAUUGUGAUUUCCUACAGAAUAGGCACUGUUGUUUUCCCCAACACUGUGUAAUUUAAAAAAUUAAUGGCCAUUUUAUCACAGAGAUUUUCACAGAAAUAAAAAUAGUAAAAUCA